AUGGCUGAGAGCGCGAACACCCCGAGUACCCGCUCCCCUCUUUCUACGGCUCUUUUGGCGCGUCCCCGCUCCCCUCUUUCUACGGCUCUUUUGGUGGCGUCGUCACCAGGCGAGUCCUCCAAGACAAAAGACCGCUUAAGCAAUUCGGAGCCCGCAUGCGAUGGGGAUAGUGGUAUCACUGUCAUUGAACUCGCCUCUUUUCUUUCCGACGAAUCGUCAUCCCCUCCCUCCCUCCCCCCACCUCCCGGUCCUGCACGAAUCCACCGCUCACCACCUCCCUCGUACGAACACUCUUGCUGCUCUAGCAUCUCCUCCAGUGGCACCCUCCUCAUCGACCCUCCUCCUGCUCCUCCGAUGGUCGUCCGAGGGAAAAAGAAUGCAACACUAGAAGUCUUCUCCGAUGCCCACCUGCAUACGCUAGAUGAUAUCAAGCUGGGGUAUCAGCAGUAUGUUUUGAUUGCCCCGCCUUCGCCUUCUUUUUCAGGUCGGAAGGGGAAGGGGAAGAAGAACAAGAAGAAGGGGAAAGAGGAAGGAUGGUGGUUGGGGUGA